AUGUCCACAUCCUCGUCACCCCACUCGUCUUCCUCUCAAUUAUCACCCACCACUUCUCACUCGUCUCUACCGCAAAGCAGCUGGAGACCAAAGGUUUUGCUAUUCGGUGAUCGAUCUGGAACGAAGUUUGAUGAUGAGCUACGGGAGAUCGCAGAAGUCUACUGUUUACCUAGAGUAGGAUACGAGGAGAUGGUCCCUCUCAUUAAGGAGGUGGUAGAAACGGAAGGUCCAUUCGUAGCUUUCGGCGGCUUGUUCUUGAUAACCGACAAUUUCCCUGGUAAAUGGGAUCAAGGAUUACUAGGACCCCUAGCACCCCAUUGUAAGCUUUAUGUGGGACCGGGUGCAGGGUACGAUAAAGUUGAUGUAGACUGGAUAACCAGUACCGGCGCGAUGUAUGCCAACUCACCUACCCAAGUCGGGAAACGUACCGCUGAUGGAGCUUUGAUAUUGAUACUAUCUGUCAUGAGAGGGUUAACACCUCAGGAUUUAUCUGUUAGAGCUGGUAAGUGGCGAGCCAACGUCCGAACACUAGAUUGGCGUACCGCUACUAUCGGUAUAAUAGGUCUAGGCUCUAUCGGUACUCAAGUCGCCCACCUCCUCACUUCCAUCGGCGCUAACUCGAUAAUCUACCAUUCUCGAAGACCAUCUUCUACAGCUCAUCCAGCAUGGGGCUAUCGAUCACUAGAAGCACUGUACGCCGAAGCAGAUGUGAUAGUAUUAACUUGCCCUCUGACAAAUGAGACAAAAGGUUUGAUCUGUAACGAGUCGAUUGCGAAAAUGAAGGAUGGCGUGGUGAUUGUCAAUGUCAGUCGAGGACCGGUGGUUGUCGAAAGUGAUCUAGUGGAUGCUCUGAAUAGUGGUAAAGUAAUGCGAGCUGCAUUGGAUGUGUUUGAGAAUGAACCUACCGUCCAUCCAGGAUUAAUGAGCAAUCCAAAUGUUACCUUGUCUCCUCAUGUAGCUCCUGCACCCGACUCGAUGGGUCCACCGAUGAACGGCGAAGUGGUUGAGAACAUCAUCAAGUUCAUCGAAACGGGUAUGCCGCUGACUCCUGUCAAUCUGGGUUCAUUGAAGCAAAGGGGUUGA